GCGGCAAUGGCGAGACGCGACGACCAAUAUCCCAAAGGAGGAAAGUUCAUCGGAGCUUGAACACGCUUUAACCAUCACGGCAAUGGAGCUGCACCGAUACUGAAAGCACGUUGAAGUAACCUUACGAGGAUUCGAAGUCUUCGUUCCACGGCGAGUCAUCGAGCUUUGUAUGGACGGCGGAAAGGAGGACAGCAAAUCACGGCUUUUGUCUUGUGAUACCAUGCAGGGUCACGAUGACACAAGUCAACUCACCGUCAUUGAGGAGGUUCAACACAAAAUUUUCAGCAGCAAUAGCAGCGCUGUCGAAGAUGUCGCAAACCCCGAGGUAGAGCGCUUGGGCAGGAUGAUGAUACCCCAUCUCCUUGAGAUCUUGCGAUACGACGCGACUUCAGUUGCAGGACAAGAGGAGGGCAAUGCAGAGAAAGAAGAGUCAGAGUCCGAGAGAGAGAGAGAGAACGAAGUCUCUGUUUCCCUCGUUGUCAGUUAUUCUCAAUCUUCUGCCAUGCCGUCUAUUCUCAAAGUUUCUUUGCUUCAACACAAGGGGCCCAACCAAGGCAAAGAUGGUCACUCUCAGACCCUUUUGUCCUCCUCGCUGCCGAGCGCGCUUGCCCCUGCUCCUCUUCAAUCUGGAGGCAAAGACUACCAUCCAUCGCCUCGUUCGCCUCGCUCUCCUCAAUCUGCGCAUCUCUCCCCGUCAAGGCAGCGGCCGGGC